AAAAGGUCGCGGAAAAAAUCGUCCAACGGGAUUUUUCUUUUUUCCAGUCUUUUUUUCCAACCCGGAUAAAGGUCCAAGGAUUCAAAAUUCGCCGAAAAUAAUUGUCGAAAUCAGAAACGGAAGAGAGAUAUCGACUCGGAUUUAGUUUUCGUGGCAAAUGUAGAUAACUCCUUCAAGAUCCCAGUAUCCGCGUUUCCCUUUCCUCCCACAUUUUCCCGGAUCGGACGCGAUUAAAUUCGACGUAGCCCAACAUUCCACAACGCAGAAUUUUCCAUUUUCCUCAAAGAGUCAAAAUUCGAGGGGAACCGAUUCCGUUUCGGCCCGUCCUUGUAGAGGUUGUUGACACAUAUCGAAGCUUCCGGUAGAAUCGACCUAUCGAUGCUUAGUUUACGGAUCCACUCAAGUUCACGUACAUCCAGUCUUCGACUUGAUCGUCUUUCUUUAUUUCACUCUACUCUAUUAUAAUUAACUCGUUUAUUUUUUUUUUCACUCUACCGCUCGUUCUACCCACUCUCUCUGACCAUCGGAUCGCAAUUUCGGACAAAAGGCAAUUUGGAAGAGGUUCAAAUUAACAAACGUUUCGAUUUGAAGUAAUAUGAGUAAUGUACCCAACCAAAAUGGAUCAGGUCUAGAGCAGCAAUUCGCUGGUCUGGACUUGCAGAGUGGUCAUAAAGAGAAUCGCUAUAUCCCACCUCAUCUACGUUAUAAGAAUUCAGGAGAAUCACGGGCCACUGAACAUCAGAUAGCUCCGUCUUACCCUUCGUCUAACUAUUCAUCGUCGUCGUUCAACGACAGUGACUACCGCAGUGGUAGAAACCAGGGAGGCUACAAUCGCAGCAGUGGCCGCAACGACAAUUUCAGGAGUGGCGGCGGUCGCAGAAAUGGAGACUACGACUCUUACAAUGGCGGCAGCUGGCAGGACAGAGAUAACAGGGGAAGCUCUUACCGCAGGGACGACUGGGGUAGCCGAUCUGGAGGAUCGCGUGGGUGGCACGAAGGAGGAAAUGACAGAUGGCAGGAGAAAUCUUCACACCAGUCGAACAACGAUUGGACGACCCUCAUGCCAAGAGACGACCGCCUUGAACUCGAGCUGUUCGGGAACGCCAACACUGGCAUCAACUUCAACAAGUAUGAGGACAUACCAGUGGAGGCGACUGGCGACCACGUUCCAGCCCAUAUCAAUUCCUUUGAUGAACUCCAGAUGACUGAGAUUAUCUCUAACAACAUCCGUUUAGCACGUUAUGACAAGCCUACUCCGGUACAGAAACAUGCGAUACCAAUUAUCAUGUCUAAUAGAGACUUGAUGGCCUGUGCUCAAACAGGCAGUGGUAAGACUGCAGCGUUUCUCGUACCUAUUCUCAACCAGAUGUUGUUGACAGGACCCAUUAACCCGCCUCCGAGGUAUGGACAAAGGCGUAAGUUAUACCCCCUAGGCUUGGUCCUCGCCCCUACGAGAGAACUGGCUACGCAGAUCUAUGAAGAAUCAAGAAAAUUUGCUUACCGUUCCCGUUUGAGGCCUUGUGUUGUUUACGGUGGAGCUCCUAUUGGAGACCAAAUGAGGGAUCUUGACCGUGGAGGUCACUUGCUCGUGGCCACGCCUGGUCGGUUAGUCGAUAUGCUCGACAGGGGUAAAAUUGCCCUUGAUAAUUGCAAGUACUUAGUGCUUGAUGAAGCAGAUCGUAUGUUGGACAUGGGUUUCGAACCCCAGAUAAGACGUAUUGUACAAAAGGAUUCAAUGCCUCCGACUGGAGAGAGGCAAACAUUGAUGUUUUCUGCUACUUUCCCCAAAGAAAUUCAAAUGCUAGCUCGAGACUUUUUAGACAAUUAUAUUUUCUUAGCUAUUGGCCGAGUUGGAUCGACCUCAGAGAAUAUCACUCAGAAAAUAGUGUGGUGUGAUGACCUGCACAAAAGAGCUUUUCUCUUAGAUAUCCUUGAAGCGGCAAAGGAAACUAGCGAGGAAUCUUUAACGCUUGUGUUCGUUGAAACUAAAAAAGGUGCAGAUGCUCUGGAGGACUUCCUCCAUAGCCAUAAUUACCCGGUGACAUCAAUCCAUGGUGAUCGGACCCAGAAAGAACGAGAAGAAGCCUUGAGAAGUUUCCGCUCUGGUCAUACCCCAAUUCUUGUCGCUACGGCGGUGGCUGCUCGAGGUCUUGAUAUCCCUCAUGUGAAACAUGUGAUCAAUUUUGACUUGCCAAGCGAUGUUGAGGAAUAUGUGCAUCGUAUUGGCCGUACCGGUCGUAUGGGAAAUCUUGGUUUGGCGACGUCAUUCUUCAAUGACAAAAACCGUAAUUUAGUUAGAGACCUGAUAGAUUUAAUCGUCGACUCCAAACAAGAGCUUCCUGCUUGGCUCGAGAACCUCUCGGCUGAAAUGAAACAGCCGAUGUCUUCAAGGAGAGCCGGGAAAGGCGGUGGGAGGUACUCCGGUGGGUUCGCUGCUAGGGAUUGCAGACAACAAGGAAACGGAGGAGGUAGCAGUGGUAAUAGAGGUAAUACAAGAUCAGGCUCUGCAGGCUACAACUCGUACAACAGUAGCAACAAUUAUUACGGAGGUGGCGGAGGAGGAGGAGGAGGAUCUGGGUAUGGUGGAUCGUAUUCAUCCAACCCCAAUAGCCGAAGCCCAGGACCAGAUUGGUGGGAUCAUCAGUAACCAAGUUCUCUCACCUCUAUUACCCUCUCUCAGCCAAUCCUAUUGAUCUCUGCUCCUUGAAGCCUUUCUGCAUCUCUUGCAUGCUAUAAAUGUACAUCUUUUGUAUGUAUAUUAAAAAAAAAAAAAUGAAAAAAUGAAAAACAACUGUAUAAGUUAGGGGCAUUAACACUGUGAUUUUAUUCUAAUAUAGGUUGUUAACUUAUUAAAUUGGCCAUAUAUGUAUAAACGUAGGGGUUUCGCAUUUAGCCAGUGGAUGGAUCUGUGCUCGAACGAGGGUGCAGGCAUUUUUUAAGUUUACAUCCUGUUAACAAUUCACUGUGUCGAAGACAAUUUAAAAAAAAAAUUUUUUUUUUUUUUU